AUGAGACUGUCGUUCACGAUCCCCAAUUCGCCUCCGACAAAAACUUUUGUCGACUUGCUGAACACAUAUGUCGAACAUGCUUUCUCCAUCUUUGAUCAUGUCAGAUUCUCCAUUACUACACGUCCUCCAUCACCAAAGCCCUCGCAUAACAAGGUUAUCCUCGACAUCUUCGAUCUCACUCCCUCCGAAAGCACUUCCCUAUUUAUCCAUGAACUGGAAGAAUUAGUGAACGCAAUCGAAGCGUCCGCAGACGUUGAACAUGAAAAUAGCUUUUUGGCUUUCACGAUAAACGGACUAAAGCAUAUCGAGAAGGAACAUGGAAGGAGCAGCGACGUGUAUAAAGCCGCAGUACGGAUACUCAAGGGAAUAAUCAGCAAGGUAGGGGAAAUGUCGAAGAAGCAAAAGCUUGCGUUGCUUGUUAUACCAGAUGAAGAAUCUCGACUUAUUUCCCGCUCCUCCAAAGUGGACGACACCAAGCGAGAGCCUGAGGCCAGCGAGCGCUCUAUUCCAAUAGUACACUCCAAAUCUCAGUGCUUUACUUCAGCGGAAGCCUGUACCAACGCUACAUCUUCAUGCUCGGGUCGGGGCGAAUGCAUCAAGACUACACGCGCGGGGAAAUCUUGCUUCUCAUGCUCAUGCCAUCCUACCACAGACCAGUAUGGCCGCACGAUAACGUGGGCAGGGCAAAUGUGCGAGAGGAAGGACAUCAGUGUGCCAUUCAUACUUCUAGCUGGCACGACAAUAUUUUUGAUCGCAAUUGCUAUUGGCUCUGUCUCAUUACUUUAUGCCGUCGGGGAAGUGCCAUUGCCAAACACGCUUACGGUCACUACAACAGGCGGACAUCUAAAACGAGAGUGA